GAAUUUCACUUCUUCGUAUCAUACAUCUUACUCCCAUCAUGCAUCUCUCAGGAUUUGCAACAAUCCUCCUUGCAGUUGCAUCACUAGUGCUAGGGAAUCCAAUUCUACCACGAGAAGAUGAACGACUAGACGAAGCAGUAUUUCUCACGACCUGCUUCAUAUAUAUGAAAAGCAACGACGCCACACCUAACGGCAGAAACGACAAACUCUGGUACUUCAAAAAUUACGAUGAUUCUAUCAAAGGACAGCAAUUCGACGAACCCUAUGCCUCCAACGCCGAUGAUCAAAACCAUUCCGUAGACUGGACUUCCGGUACAGAAGGGCAUCCCAUAGCCGAUACACUCGACAAAAAGCCCUUCAAAGUUUGGGGGCAUCGAGGAAAUGGGAGACCACAAGACGAUUAUGGAGAAAAGAGGUAUGUCGAAUGUAGUGCGAAAUACUAUUGCAUAAGAAAUUCACGCCAGAUCCGUCGUACGAUUGUGACGACUUCUAGUACUAUGCAAAGUGUUCCCUUUCUGGGAAAACAGAAUCACGAUGCCACGGAUGAUCUUGGAGUACAGGAACAGAUUAAAGGAGCAUUUCUGGGGUUAAAAACUCACUAUAAGAGUAAUGCUGCGGAUGGGGAAGGAUUUCAACUCGGUAGCAAGAAUUACAAAAUGGCAUAUGCGGUGAAUCGGAUGGAGAAAGAGGGAGAUCCAUAUUAUGAAACCGAUCGCAUUAACCAAGUUGCGGAUUUGACUGCGGAGAAAAUGCUUCCUGAGUUAUGGACCAAGGAUAAAAUGAGCGAUGAAAGAGCAUGGCCUUCCGGAGACAAAAUCCUUGCAGAAGCUACACAUACGUUUCCUUUCCCCAAAGAGAUUAAAGUCCAAGUGCAAGUUGCGGAACAGGCAAUGCUGGAGUGGGAGGAUAGAGAUACGGUUGUUUUCGCCGUGGAAAAGGGGAAUGAAUGGAAAGUUGACAGCGAGCUCAGUAUUGCGAUCAAAGCCGCAUUUAAAGAUGCGUCGACUGUGACGACCAGCGGUAUUAGUGUAGUUGCUAAUGGGUUGGGAAAUGUGGUUGGUGAAUUGGCUUGGGGUGCUUGUUAGAUGUUUGGUGAGAUUGGUUGUUGGAUGAGAUAGUUACUUCUUCUGUUUAGAAUUCGAUUUGUGCAUGAAUUUUUCCAUUUUGUACGUUGGGUAAGGGUUUGCUUCUUAUGUGUUGGAGAAACUGUAAAGUAUGUAUUAUCAUGUCCCAUUUUAUUGAGGAAUCUUGUUGUUUUCAUCAAUUUGUAAUGUCUGGUGAUUUCGUGGUUA